GUCGCACGACAAAACUAAAACAACAUUACACAUUGUUCACAUCAGCAACUUCCAGUCUUCUUCUUAUUCUCUUUCAAUCAUUCUCUCUCUCUCUCUCUUUCCCUCAUACACAUACAGAGGGUAUCUUUAAUGGAGGUCUCAUCAACAUCAUCCCUGUGCUCAAAACCAGAACAAAUCAUGCAAAACCCCCCUCCCAUAAUCUCAUCUCCUAGGUUUCUGCAGCCUCAGACAAGAUCUCUUCCUCAUCAUGAGCAGCAUCAACAUCUAUCUAAUCCUUACCCAACAACAUUUGUUCAAGCAGACACUUCCACUUUCAAACAAGUUGUUCAGAUGCUAACGGGCUCCUCUUCCACCGAUACCAACACCGGAAAACACCACGAAGCUCCUUCUCCGGUGAACAACAACAAAGGAGGUUUCUCAAUACCACCCAUCAAGAAAACCAACAGCUUCAAGCUCUACGAAAGAAGACAAAACAAUAACAACAACAUGUUUGCUAAGAAUGACCUAAUGAUCAAUACUUUAAGGCUUCAAAACUCUCAGAGGUUGAUGUUCUCAAGCGGAAACAAUGUUCAUCAAAGCCCAAGAUUCUCUCCAAGGAACAGUUCAUCAGAGAAUGUUCUUCUGUCUCCAAGCAUGCUAGAUUUCCCGAAGCUAGGGUUAAACAGUCCCGUUACUCCACUGAGAAGCAACAAUGACCCCUUCAACAAGUCAUCUCCUUUGUCUUUAGGCAGCUCAUCUGAAGAAGACAAAGCCAUCGCUGAAAAAGGAUACUUUCUUCAUCCUUCUCCAGUUUCAACUCCUAGAGACUCUCAGCCACUGCUUCUUCCUCUUUUUCCGGUUACUUCUCCGAGGAAUCCAUAAAUCCUGACGAGUGUUCACAUUAUUCUAUAUAUGAUAUUAAGUUAAAAAUAUAUUCUUGGACUUUGCUUUUAACUAUGAAUAAGAUAUAUAAGUUCUUAGUAAUGGAGUGACUAUAAUGUUUAUGCGGUUUAUAUAUUCAAUAAUUCGUUGCAAUUUAGCUAAGAUAUAUAAGUUCUUAGUAAUGGAGUGACUAUAAUGUCUAUGCGGUUUAUAUAUUCAUGAACCAUGAUACUGAUUUAAGACUUCUUAUUCCUUUUUAAUGAAAAUAUCGUUUAUACU